CUUUAACACACUGGCAUGAACAUCAGAUAAGGUAAUGUUUAUAAUAACUGAAUGACUUAAAAGAGAAUGACGCAUGGCAAAAUCGUAUUAUUGGAAUCAUAGUUAUGUUAUUUGGUAUAAUGAAGUAUUUAUUCGUUCCAUAAUUGAUAUAUUGUCUGUGGUAGAAAGACCUUGUUUGGAAGAACAGACAAAGAAAAACAAAAUUCAAACGAAAAGAAAGGAUCAUAAUGCCACUGUCAAAUAAAACAAUAUUUUCCUAUUGUGCCUGCGUAACUGGAUUUUCUCUAAUAGCGACAGCUUAUUCAUUUUACUAUAUCAAAGUUUUUAUGAACCUAUAUCACAUUGAAGAAAAAUGGUUUCAUGGUGCCCAAAUUCUAUAUCUAAUCUGGAAUGCUGUGAAUGAUCCCAUGUUUGCUUAUAUUCAGGACAGUACAAAUUUUAAGUUCACAAAGACUAGACGAGGAAGCAUAAUGUAUUCGGGACCAUUGUUUGCGAUAUCGUUUUUGCUGCCAUGGAUACCGUGGGGAGAUAACUCUUUUAUCGUUGGAAUUCACCUUAUUGUGUCGUUAUUUAUUUGGGAUACGCUUUUCACGUUUGUAGGCCUAGCUCAAUGCACCUUGUCGACCGAACUGUCUACCAAUAUAUCGGAUAGAAUAACAUUAAAUCGAUAUAAAUCCGUUGGUUCUCUCCUUGGUGCCAGCAGUGUCAUGGUAUUGGAGUAUACGUCUGAUAGCUUGCAUAAUUUUAGAGCUUUUCAAGCGACAUCUGUCAUUCUCACUAUAUGUAGCUGUACACUAUUUUGGUAUGCUGGACAUAAUGCCCAUACUGUAUAUGAUGUGAAGCAAUUGUCGACGACAGAAAAGGGAGAUAAUGACGACAUUUCUCAUAAUAAAACAACAAGAGAAUCUUACUGGAGGCAAACAAUACAGAUUUUAUCAGAUAGAAAUUUUAUUUCAUUUGUAGUUGCAAACUUCUGUCAAGAAUUUCAUCGAGCUUUUCUUAGUAGCUUCAUGGCUAUCUUGGGAGAUCAUUUAAUAUCUGAUCAGGAUAUAUCAAGAAAUGGGAGGAAGUUGUUUUAUGGUGCCGUCACAAUAAUGCCACAACUACUGGUUAUUUUUGGAACUCCAAUGAUACAGAGAUAUUCAUACUUCAGUGCCAUACAGAUCAGCCAUAUUUACAAAGUUGUGGCUGCAAUUGUUAUGCUAUGUAUAGGACAGAAUCAUCCAUGGUGCUUACUUACGUUUCUGAUGUUAGACAGUUGUUUUGCAAAUGCUUCAUACUCGUUGCUUUGUCUACCAUUGUCUGAUAUAGCUGAUGCCAACAUGAUGAAAUAUAACAGAAAACAUCCAAUUUCUUCAAUGAUAUUUGGAACAAAUGCCUUGAUAGUUAAACCAGCAGUAUCUCUCUCUCCAAUGUUGGUAGUCGCCAUUUUGAAUAACCACGGGUUUAACCAACUAAAAGAUAUUGAAGCAGACGAUGUUGAUCUUAAGACGUCACGUGAACUGAAACAUGCAAUGUUUAUGUUAAUAUGUUUUUAUCCAAUAGUUAUUGGUUUGAUACAAUUUAUUUCAUGGUCAAAAUAUUCUGUACGAAAAAGAUUGAAUCAAAUUUUAAUUGAUUUAUAAAAAAAAAAAUAUGAAAAAUUAGAUAUUCCCGUCUUAUCUUCGACUUGUCUUGAUGAAGGGGUGUGUUUGAAAGCAGCAACAGUUUCUACAAUAAUGAAUCAUCAAAUGGCAGAAUACAUGCAGCAACAAUAGACAUUGCUACUAAGACACAAUUACAAUAACGGUCACCGUGCCAAUUUAACGGUUAAAAAAACUGCAUUUUUUCAAUGAAUGUCUCUUCAGUGAUAUUCGAUCAUAAUUGAGGCCAAAAACAUUUGAAAGUUAGUUGUACAGAAGUUUGCAUAGAGUGAGUAGUAAAGGUAAUAUGUUUGGUAAGCUUGCUUGUUAGCUGAACCGUGCAGUCAUUUUUGGGUUAGGUAAACUAAUGACAGUUCUUGUCCAUUCGUUUUUGAUAUGUUUUGUUAUUAGAUUUUGCCAUGUGAUUAUGGACUUUUAAAAUUGAUUUUCCACUAAGUUCAGUAUUUUUGUGAUUUUACUUUCUACCCUUCUUUAAGAGUAGAUUAGGCCUACAUAUAAACAAACUAUAUAUCUGAAGGACUAGACUCCUCCAUGAGGAGUGACUUAUACCUAAUCUAAUAAUGAAUUCACGGUUCAGUUUACAAGCAAGCUAACCAAAUAUUCCACCGUAACCUUUACCUACGCACUCUAUUCAAUCUAAUGUAAACCUAAUACAAACGAAGAAGACAUGCAUGUGUUAUGAUGUAAAACGCUACUAAUUGUUAUUAAAGAUAUCAGGAUUAUAAUUUAUUACGCCAGACGUGCGUUUCGAAAUAGUUAGGGACGACAUCAAAAGUUCAAUGAAGGAUACAAAAAAACCUUCAUGUAUAUAGUUUUUUCACUGACCAACCCA